AUGAGCGGGCAUGUCGAGAUAACAAAAUUAUUGCCAAUACCGAAAAAUAAAGAAGAAGCAUAUAUAAUAUUGGAAAUCCCAAAUGGUACAGUGGGAAAAGCAAUUACAGACGCAUACAAGCGUCGUGCACCCAUAUACCACCCUGAUAAGCAUAGAAAUUGUGACGAUAACUGUCGAAAAUUAGCAGAAGAAAGUACAAAAGCAAUAAAUGUAGCACGUGAAAAAUUAGAAGAUGAAGUACAAAAAACAGAAUAUAGUAAACCAAAGCCUGAUAAACAUAAAGGCCGUUACUCAAGUACUUUAUCUAAAACAAAAAUAUCGCAUUUAAGAGAUAUAGAGCAUAGAUUAUUUGAAGCUUUUCAGGAUAAAAACUUAAAAAAAGCAAAAGAACUGAUAAAAGAAGUAGAUAAUCUUGAUAUAAAGUUAAAUCAAACGCAUCUUUUAUACUAUUUUAUUCAACAUGCUAUAAGGGACGUUCAUUGGUUUAACUUCUUUAAGGACGUCUUAUCAGAACGGGAAAUUGAACUAAAUAUUGCCUUAAACAAAUUUGGUUCAACAGCAUUACAUUUUGCUGCUAGAACAGGGCAUCUAAAAAUGACUCAACUUCUUCUAGAAUAUGGUGUUUACGUUAAUGUUAAAGACAGUGAAAUUGAAACACCUUUACACUCUGCUGCUAGAGCAGGACACUUAGAAAUCGUAAGAUUACUUAUAAAUAAUAGGGCAGAUGUUAAUGCUGUAAGAGUGUGGGGUAAUACUCCCCUUAUUGCUGCUACUAUCGGUGGUCAUAUAGAUAUCAUCAAGGAACUUUAUGAGAAUGGUGCUAAUAUUAACGCUGUAAAUGACAUGGGAUGGACAGCACUUCGUUAUGUUGCUCAAAAUGGAGAUGCUAAUGAAUUAGAAAUUGUAAAAGCACUUCUAGAAUGUAAAAUUGAUGUUAAUAUUUCAGACAACCACGGCCGUAUACCGCUAUACUUUGCUCUUCUACAUCGUCGUUCAAAAAUUUCUAAACUUAUUGUUGAGCAAACGUGCAAUGCAGCAUCACAGGAAGUAAAAAAUAAAGUACUACUUGCUGCUGCUGAAGCUGGAGAGUUGGAAUUUGUAAGACUUCUUUUAAAACAUGGUGCUAAUGUUAAUGCUGCAAGCAGUUAUGGUCAAACUCCUAUUAUUAUGGCUGCUAUGAGAGGUCAUAUAGAAACCAUUAAAGAGCUUUAUGCAAAUGGUGCUGAUAUUAACGCUCAAGAUAGUGAUGGCUGGACAGCUCUUCGUUAUGUUGUUCAGGAUGGUUGGAGUAAUUCAAGGUGUGACGCUCUAAAAAUUAUAAAAGUGCUUUUGAGUUGUAGUAAAAUUGAUAUUAACGUUCCUGACAGACGUGGUCAGACACCUCUAGACAUUGCUCUACAGUGUGGCCAUAAAGAAGCCUCUAAACUUCUUAUUAAUCAUGCAUAUAGGACACAAGGAAAAAAUAAAGUACUCCUUCCUAUUGAAGCGAAAGCAAAUACAGGUAAUAGCCAUAGUAAUAACACUGUAGGAAAAAUUUCUAAUCAAAAAACAGCUCCUCAAAAACUACAAGUUAGCACUUAUGAUAAUACAAGCAUGCACCAUGCCUUUGGUGCUGCUAGCAUAAGUCUUUUAGCCAUUGGAGUGAUAUUAUGUGCUAAAUAUACCGAAGAAAUCGCGUGGGGGGGGGAUUUGUAUAGCAGGUGCCAUAAUUCUCACUUUAAUCAUUGGCAUCAUGAAAAUCUGUGA